AUGGAUGAGAAUUAUGAUGUGAUCGUUUUGGGCACUGGGCUCACCGAAUGUGUUCUCUCUGGAAUAUUGUCUGUAGAAGGAAAGAAAGUGCUUCAUAUUGACAGACAAGACUUUUAUGGUGGGGAAUCAGCGUCCUUGAACUUGCUGCAGCUUUAUCAAAAAUUCAAACCAUCAUCUCAGAAGCCUGAUUCCAUCACAGGUCGUGAUCGUGAUUGGUGCGUAGACUUGAUUCCCAAAUUUUUGAUGAGUAAUGGUGAGUUGACCAACAUUUUGGUUCAUACGGAGGUGACGAAGUACAUCGAAUUCAAGCAAAUAGGCGGGAGUUACGUUUAUCGCUCGGGAAAGAUCUCAAAAGUUCCCUCAAAUGAGAUGGAGGCUUUGCGGAGUUCUUUAAUGGGAAUUUUCGAGAAAAGAAGAAUGAAACGUUUCUUGGAAUUCGUUGCCGCGUAUGACGAUGAUAAAUUGUCGACACACCAGGGCUUGGAUUUGGACAAAAAUUCAAUGGAUGAAGUUUACACUCACUUUGGUUUGGAAAGAGGUACGAAGGAUUUCAUAGGUCAUGCGAUGGCCUUAUGGGCCAAUGAUGACUACUUGACCGAACUCGCGAGGCCAACGAUUGAAAGGAUCAUUCUCUACGUUCAAUCAGUCGCAAAAUACGGUAAGUCGCCAUAUAUUUACCCUUUAUAUGGCUUGGGCGAGUUGCCUCAAGGAUUUGCUCGUUUAUCUGCCAUCUACGGAGGCACUUAUAUGUUGGAUACUCCAAUUGACGAAGUUUUGUAUGACGAAAACAACCAAUUCAAGGGUGUUGUCACCAAAGAGGGUACUGCCAAGGCUCCUAUAGUCAUUGCUGAUCCUACAUAUUUCCCUGAUCGUGUCAAAAAAACUGGACACAAAGUUAUUAGGGCAAUGUGCAUUCUUGAUCACCCCGUCCCAAACACCAAUAAUUUGGAAUCAGUUCAGAUUAUCAUUCCACAAAAUCAGGUGGGACGACAAAAUGAUAUUUACAUUGCAGUACUUUCCGAUGAACACUGCGUCGUUCCAAAGGGGUACUAUCUUGCAAUCGUGUCUACCAUUGUUGAAACUUCGUCUCCUCACGUUGAGUUGGAGCCUGCUUUCAAAUUGCUAGGUAAUCGCAUCGACACACUUAUGGGUCUCGCAGAGUUGUACGAACCUGUGGAGGACGGAUCUGAGAGCAAUAUUUUCAUAUCCAAGAGUUAUGAUCCAUCUUCUCAUUUCGAGACUACGACAGACGACAUAAAAGACAUAUAUUUCAGAGUCACAGGUAACCCACUAGUCUUGAAAAAGAGGCCAACAGAUGAAGAACUGGAAAAUCUUAUGUAA